AUGGGGACGACAAGUCGUCCCUAUAGCUAUCAACGUCCGAGCUUUAUUUCCGUGAAGGGCGCGCUAAACACACAUCCUUUCCCGCUUAACACACUGAGUCGAGAAGUCGUCGCUGUAGCCUCAAAAGAGGUGGAGUGCCAACCAUAUUGCAUACAUACACAUGCACAAAGAAGAGAAAAACAUCGUCGUCAAUCUACAACUGUUACGCGAAGCAAACUAUACAAAUUACGUAAUCAUCACCCUUCCAUAGCGGACUCUUCCGGGAAGGUUUUGAUCGAUCUGAUAAGCUCCGAUCCGAAGUCAUCAUCCCCAUCUUCUUCCAAAACGGCACAAGUUUCAUCUCCAUCGAUUCAGUCGCCUCGGAGCCCUUUUAAGAAAUCGGCAACACCAGUGACGAUGGGGGAUCGGAAGUCCAAGAGAUCUUCGAUGCAUACUCAAAACGCUGCCGUAUCUUCUGGUAAAAUUGUUGUUCGUGUUCCUGAUGGGAAAAAGCCAGUUUCUUAUGCACUACUUGCAAGGAGUAUCCAUGAGCUAGCUGCUACAUCAGACCAAAAAAAGUCUCAAAGGCAGUUAGUGUAUCAUGUGUUCCCAAAACUUGCAGUCUACAAUUCUGUUGAUCCAUCCCUCGCUCCUUCUCUUCUCAUGCUUGGUCAGCAAUGCAAGGAUAGGACUAUUCUCCGUUAUGUAUAUUACUACUUGGCAAGAAUAUUGUCAGAUAGUGGUGCUCAAGGGCUAACUUCAGGUGGUGUGAUUCCUACACCUAAUUGGGAUGCUUUAGCUGACAUUGAUGCUCUUGGUGGUGUUACUCGAGCGGAUGUUGUACCUCGAAUAAUAGAUCGGCUUGCUACUGAAGCUCUAAAUGAUGAUGUUGAAUUUCAUGCACGGAGAUUGCAAGUAGUUAAAGCUCUUACAUAUGCACCUACAACUAAUCCUGUGAUCUUGUCCAAGUUGUAUGAAAUUGUCUUCGAUAUUCUUGACAAGGUUGCUGAUGCACCUGAUAUGCGUAAGAAGGGCAUCUUUGGGGCAAGUAAGGAGUCUAUAAUUGGGAGUAAUCUGCAAUAUGCUGCUCUAAGUGCCUUGCGAAGACUUCCUCUGGAUCCAGGAAAUCCUCUUUUUCUCCAUCGUGCUGUGCAUGGAAUUUCAUUUGCUGAUCCAGUGGCUGUUAGGCAUGCAUUGGAAUUGACUUCUGAGCUAGCUAUAAAAGAUCCAUAUGCUGUUGCCAUGGCUUUAGGGAAGCUCGUCCAACCUGGUGGAUCUCUACACGAUGUUUUGCAUUCUCCUGAUGUUCUUGCUAGGGUUGCUCUGGCAAGGUUAUGUCAUACAAUAUCUCGAGCCAAGUCAUUAAAUGAAAGGGCAGACAUUAAAUCUCAGUUCAAUGAUUUGCUGUAUCAACUCAUUAUCGAUCGGAGUGCCACUGUUUGUUUUGAGGCCAUCGCUUGUGCACUGGGAAAAUCAGAUAAUGCAGACAGGACAGAAGUGCGAGCUCUUGGAUGGUACAAUCUGACCAGGGUAGUUCUCAAUGUACCAGUUAAAAGUGACAAAUCUUACAACAAAAAAUGUCCAGAGCUCCUUAUCAAAAUUGUCAUGAAAAGGUUGAAAACUUCUUUUCGUAGUUCAUGUCGGCCUGUAUUGCAUGCAGCUGCCCGAAUCGUGCAAGAAAUGGGAAAAAGUCGAGCAGCUGCUUUUGCUUUAGGCUUACUAAAUAUUGAAGAAGAUUUAGUCAAUACAUUUGCCAAAAGCAAUGAUUGGGAUCAUGGGUCCUCUGAAUCUGAAGAUGAUGAUGACACAAUUGGGAGUUUAUUAGCUUCAUUAAUGGAGGUUGUCCGAACCACUGCUGCAUGUGAAUGUGUUUAUGUACGUGCUAUGGUGAUUAAGGCACUGAUAUGGAUGCAAAGCCCUGAAGAAUCUUCCAGUGAACUUAAGUUAUUGAUUGCAUCAGAGAUUUCUGAUCCUUCUUGGUCAGCCACUUUGCUAAACGAUAUUUUGCUCACUUUACAUGCUCGUUUUAAGGCUACUCCUGAUAUGGCAGUUAUCCUUCUUGAACUAGCAAGAGUAUUUGCUACUAAAGUGCCUGGAAAAAUUGAUGCUGAUGUGCUGCAACUUUUAUGGAAGACAUGUCUUGUUGGAGCUGGUCCAAAGGGAAAGCAUACAGCUCUUGAAGCUGUGACAGUAGUUCUUGAUCUUCCACCACCACAACCAGGAUCCAUGUCUGGGAUUACAUCAAUCGAUAGAGUUUCUGCAUCUGAUCCAAAGUCGGCUUUGGCUUUACAGAGAUUAGUCCAAGCAGCAGUGUGGUUUGUUGGAGAAAAUGCAAAUUAUGCUGCUUCUGAAUAUGCUUGGGAAUCAGAAACUCCUCCUGGAACUGCAUUGAUGAUGUUGGAUGCAGAUAAAAUGGUUGCAGCAGCUAGUUCUCGUAAUCCAACUUUAGCUAGUGCAUUGACUCGACUUCAAAGAGUUGCUUUCAGUGGCAGCUGGGAGGUACGUAUCAUUGCUGCUCAAGCUCUUGCCACCCUGGCAAUCCGAUCAGGUGAGCCAUAUAGGCUACAGAUAUACGAGUUUCUACAUGGCUUAGCACAAGGAGGUGUCCAGUCUAAGUUUUCAGAUAUGCAUAUCAGUAAUGGUGAAGAUCAAGGAGCUAGUGGAACUGGUCUUGGCUCUUUGCUAAGUCCGAUUUUGAAAAUCCUCGAUGAAAUGUAUAGUGCACAAGAUGAACUCAUAAAAGAUAUGCGUAAUCAUGACAAUGCCAAAAAGGAAUGGACUGAUGAAGAACUUACGAAGCUGUAUGAAACUCAUGAAAGGCUCCUCAAUCUUGUUUCAUUAUUUUGUUAUGUUCCACGAGCAAAAUACCUACCUCUGGGGCCUAUUAGUGCCAAACUUAUUGACCACUAUCGUGAUGAGCAUGACAUUAGUGCAUUCAGUGUCAUGAGUGAUCAAGUUCAUGUAGCCACAGGAAUUUCUGAACUUAUAUAUGAAGCAACUAAACCAUCACCAUCUUUGGAGGCUGAAACUUUUGAUGAUGAUCUUGUAAAUGCUUGGGCAACUGGACUUGCUGAUGAUGAUGGCUUGUGGGGAAACAAUGCUCUUGCUAUGAAUAGGGUCAAUGAGUUUCUUUCUGGCUCUGGUACUGAUGCUCCUGACUUUGAGGAUGAGAAUAGUUUUGCCAGAUCUUCAAAUGAUGAUAUGUGGGCAAAAACUCUUUUAGAACCAUCAGAACUUGAUUAUGAUGAGUCAUCUACCUCUUCUUCCCCAGACUCAGUAGGAUCAGCUGAGACAUCCAUUUCGUCUCAAUUUGGUGGAAUGGAUUAUCCAUCAUUAUUUAGCUCAAAGUCACAACCCAAGAUUAUAGAAGAGCCAACUCCAUACUCAUCCCCUUUCUACAAAAGUCACACUUCAUUUGAGAAUCCAGUAGCUGGUACUGAAAGUGAGUAUAAUUACCAAGAUGAUGACCAAUCCUCAUCUGGGAAUAUAGACUUUGGAACAGCACUUUACGACUUUACCCCUGGUGGAGAUGAUGAGUUGAGCCUGGUUGCUGGAGAAGAGCUUGAAAUCGAAUACGAAGUUGAUGGAUGGUUCUAUGUGAAGAAAUUAAGCCCUGGCUUGGAUGGGAAAGCAGCUGGACUUGUCCCUGUUCUCUAUGUCAGCAAAUCUUGAAGCUCAUGAUUUAUUAUUCAGUUCUCCAUAUAACAACAAUAAAGUGAAUCCAUCUUCGGGUUAAGUUAAUGGAUUUUUUUUGUCACAAAGUUGCCAACAUGGCAACUUCUGACCUCCUUCCCUUUAUCUGGAGACCUAUCAUGUCUUGGCACCCAUUAUUCCGGAGCUAUCACACAUUUUUUUUUUUUUUUCUGAGUUUCUAGCUACAACAAAUCUUUCUUAUAAGGGAGGCCCCUUAAGCCAUUGGCAUGAAGAAUUCCCAAAGGAAUGUCCAAAU